UUCGGGCACUUGACAUUGACCAACACUAAAAAAAACAUGAAGACGCCAGAAAAAAAAAGAAUUAUUCGUCAAAAUUUAACAACGUAUGUGAACUGGAAUUUCCUUGGCUUAGAAAAGCAGACAAUGGACCUAGUUUUGCUUUCUGUAAGCUAUGUAGGAAGAUGUCGAGCCUUCUAGAACUUCUGACAGAACAGCUAAUUAUAAAGAUGAAGCAAAAGAUGUAACAAACACAAAAAAUACUAGUGGAGUGUGUGAAACAGAAAAUAUAAAUAAGUUUUCAUACAAAAGACAGAUGCAUUUCUUGUUUUUAUGCCUCAAGCAGACAGUGUGAAAUGGACCAGCAUUUAAAAUACAUCAGCCUCAAUAAAGCAUCGUGUGGACUUUAUUUAUAAAACAAGUUCUGCAUAUUUAUCUUAAAAGCCAUAUGAAAAUUCAUACAGGAGAAAAUUGUUUUAAUUGGAAUAUCUGUAGUUUGGUAUUUAAUAGCAAAGCUAGUCCUAACAAAAACAUUGAGAACAUGCAUUUGGAAGAAUGACAUUUAGAUGUAAAAUUUGUGGUUUUAUGAAUAAUAAAUGGUCUCUAAAUUACAUAAAGGAGAAUGAUGUGUGAAGUGUGAUUUUUGCAGUUUGGCCUGUAAAUUUAGGUAGUUUAUCAAUACGCCUGAAUAUAUACAAUGUUACAAGUGAAAACUGCCAAAAGACACAUAGGAGAGAUAAACAUUUUGAGUGAAACAUUUGUCAUUUUGUAUAUAAUGAAAUAUCUGAACUUGAGAAACAUGAGUGUUCACACAGGCGAGAAAUUAGUUAAGUGUAAUUUGUGUAUUUAAUCAUGUUAAUAAAAAAAAAACCCAGUUCUGGAGAUCUGAAAAGACAUACAGGACAGAAGUGUUUUAAGUGUGAUUCUUGAAAUUUUGGAUGUUAUAUCAAAUCUCUAUACCGUAAGCAUAUGAAAAUUCUAACAGGAGAGAAAUGCUUGUAGUGUGAGCAGUGUAUGUUUGUUAUUAUGAAUACCAGCUCAAGACACAUCUGAAGAUUCAUACUGCUGAAAAAUGUUCGAAGUGUAAUACUUGAAGUUUUGUUUGUAAUCAAAAAUAAAUCUAGAUAUACAUAUGGCAAUGCAUACAGGAGAGAAGUAUUUCAAGUGUUAUAUUUGUAAUUACACAGGUAAUGAAAAACAAAACUUCAAGAGACAUAUGAUAACUCAUACAGGAGAGAAGUGUUUCAAGUGUGAUAUUUGUAAUUAUGCAUGUAACAAAAAAUAUAACCUUAAGAUACACAUGGAAAUUCAUACAGGAGAGAAGUGUUUCAAGUGUGGUAUUUGUAAUUAUGCAACUAAUCAAAAACAUAACGUCGAGAGACACAUGGCAACUCAUACAGGAGAGAAGUGUUUUAUGUGUGAUAUUUGUAAUUAUGCAUGUAAUCUAAAACACCAGCUCAAAAGACACAUGACAAAACAUAAAAGAGAGAAUUUCAAAUGUGAUACAUGUAAUUAUGAAUGUAUUCAAAAACAAAGCUUCAAGAGACAUAUGGCAAUACAUAAGGGAGAGAAGUGUUUCAAGUGUGAUAUUUGUAAUUAUGCAUGUAACAAAAAAUAUAGACUUAAGAUGCACAAGGCAAUUCAUACAGGAGAGAAGUGUUUCAAAUGUGAAAUUUGUAAUUUUGCAUGUAUUCGAAAAAAUGAUCUGAAGAGACACAUAGCAACUCAUACAGGAGAGAAGUAUUUCCAGUGUGGUAUGUGUAAUUAUGCAUGUAUUCAAAAAAUUAAUCUCACGAGACACAUGGAAACUCAUACAGGAGAGAAGUGUUUCAAGUGUGAUGUUUGUAAUUAUGCAUGUAUUCAAAAGCAAAACCUCAAGAGACACAUGGCUAAACAUACAGGAGAGAAGAAAUUCAGAUGUGAGACUUGUAAUUAUGCAUGUAAUCUAAAACAACACCUCAAGAGACACAUCGCAGUUCAUACUGGAGAGAAGAAUUUCAAGUGUGAUAUUUGUAAUUAUGCAUGUUAUGAAAAACAACAACUCAAGAGACACAUGGCAGUUCAUACUGGAGAGAAGAAUUUCAAGUGUGAUAUUUGUAAUUAUGCAUUUAUUCGAAAAAAUGGUCUGAAGAGACACAGGGCAACUCAUACAGGAGAGAAGCGUUUCAAGUGUGAUAUUUGUAAUUAUGCAUGUAUUAAAGAAAAUGGUCUGAAAAGACACAAGACAUUUCAUACAGGAGAGAAGCAUCUCAAGUGCGAUAUUUGUAAUUAUGCAUGUAUCCUAAAAAGUGGUCUAAAGAGACACAUGGCAACUCAUACAGGAGAGAAGCCUUUCAAGUGUGAUAUAUGUAAUUAUGCAUGUAUUCAAAAAAGUAGUCUGAAAAGACACCUGGCAACUCAUACAGGAGAGAAGCGUUGAAUGUGUGAAAUUUUGCACUUAUGCAUGUAUUUGAAAAAACGGUCUGAAGAGACACAUGGCAAUAUAUACAGGAGAGAAGAAUUUCAGGUGUGAUACAUGUAAUUUUGCAUGUAAUCAAAAACAAAACCUUGAGACAUACAUGGCAAUACAUUAAGGAGGGAAGUGUGUCAAGUGUGAUACAUUUAAUUAUGCAUAUACUCAGUUCCAAAAGAAAGUGUGCACUUUUUAAGUUUAAAUAUUUCAAAAAAUUCCCCGAAGUUUUUGUUUCAUUUUUUCAUACACUAACUCUCAGAUAUAACUCAAAAUCUAAAAUGCACACCAAUUUGUUUACGAACUGAUUUAAAUUUUGGAACAAAACAUUAUAAGUUUUCAUGAAAAUAACCGAGAAAAAAUAACAGAAAUCUAAGUGCACACUUUUUUUUGGAACUGAGUGUGUAUUCAAUAACAUAAACUCAAGAGACACAUGGCAAAACAUACAGGACAGAAGUGAUUCAAGGGCGAUGUGUAUUCGAAAACAAAACCUCAAGACAUACUUGGCAACUCAUACAGGAGAGAAGUGUUUCAAGUGUGAUAUUUGUAAUUUUGCAUGUAUUUAAAAACUAAGCCUCAAGAGACACAUGGCAACUCAUACAGGAGAGAAGUGUUUCAAGCGUGAUAUUUGUAAUUAUGCAUGUAUUCUAAAACAAUACCUCAAGAUACACAUGGCAAAACAUACAGGACAGAAGUGAUUCAAGGGUAAUGUGUAAUCAAAAACAAAACCUCAAGGCACACAUGGCAAUACAUACAGGAAAGACCUGUUUGUAAUAUGCAUGUCCUAAAAAACAAAACCAAAAACACAAGACCAAAAAAUAAUCAUACUGGAGAGAAACGUUUCAGGUUUGCAUCGGAAAAACAUCUGAUGACAAACAUGGCAAAACAUUUAGGAGAGAAGUUUUUCAAGUGCCAUGUUUGAAAUUAUGAAUGUAAUUUAAAACAAAACCCUGAGACACAAAUCAUAAAAUAUACAGGAAAGAAGUGUUUCAAGUGUGAUGUAUGUAAUUUUUAAUGUAAUGAAAAACAAAAUCUAAGAUCACGUAUAACAACAUUAUGAAGAGAACUGUUUUAAGUGUGAUAUUUUUAACUCUACAUGUAAUCAAAAGAAUCAAUCUCGAUAAUGUAUGACAAUGCAGGAAAGAAAUGA